UCAACUUCCACCCAAGACGACACGACAACAGCAACUGAUUCUACUACUACACUCUCUACCACUGCCGCCAACUCUGAAUCAACUUCCACCCAGGAAGACAUGACAACAACAACUACUACACUCUCUACCACUGCUGCUGACUCUGACGAAAAGAUCACCACGGAAGGAUCCACCAAUCCACAAUAUCCUCCUGCUCCUCCAGGAUGGAAGUGCACAUCUUCGAAAUGUUAUAGAAUGUAUGGUGAACAGCUACGAAAUUGGGCAGAUGCUAAGGACUUCUGUUCUGAAUUAGACCAAGUUAACACUUCGUAUGGAUACAGAUCGCCAUCUCUACUCUUUUUUAACACUGAAAAGGAGGCUCGUGAAAUUACGGCCCUUCUCCUCGGCUCGGCUAAUAGGAUGCGGGUAUGGAUCAACUGUAACGACCAGUUAACAGAGGGAGAAUUCGUCUGUGAUGUCGAUGGUAAUGGAACUCCACCAAGCUCAUUUUGGUGGAACCAAGGACAGCCCAACAAUUACGGAGGACAGGACUGUGUAGCAUUCAACCGCCAGUGGUCUGAACUUCUCAAAUGGCGCGACGCAUCAUGCUCAUGGGCAAGAUACACAAUUUGUCAGUUUAUAGUCGGACAGCCAGAACAGUAAGGACAACCUUGGCACAGACAAUAUCAUGAAGCUUAGCAAUAAAUGAUGGCGGGUCUGAUAUCUAUGAUUUAUUACAUUGAUUAUUAUUGUGCAUGAUGAAUUUAAAAACAAAUGAAAAUGAAAACAAAGACAACAACGGCCAACGGCAGCGAUCAUUCGCUAAGCUCUACAUGAUGAUAAUGAUGUGACCCAGUCCAGUCCAUGGGGUCGUUUCCUGGAGGUUCUCAACAUUUUGGACAUGGAUGUAAAAAAAAAAUUGUGGGCACUUAUUGUAGUUCAGAGUCAAUAACCCAUGCUCUAAUCAGCCAAGCAAUCGUAUAGAUUUUAUUAGUAUGAAUUUAUCAAAUUUUCACAAGUAAAUAUUCAAUUUGUGUAUGCGUAUGCGUGCGCCUGUAAAUAUGGCACCCGGUCAGAAUUCUCUCUUAUAAGUGGGAAAUGUAUAUAAUGUAAAAAACAUUAACAUAUCAGUGAUUAAAGCUAUCUGUGAAAACUGAAAGAGUGGAAAUAACACGCAUGGAAGUGGUAAUGUGGUUCAUGCCAGAACUUCAAUUUCUGUCUAUCUCAUAAAUAAUCGCUAACUUCAAAUUUGGCCACGAAGUUUUAUGUUAAUAUUAGCUUAGUUCUUGAACUUUGGGUAAAAACCCUAUGUUUAAAAAAACAUUGUUAGUUUUGCAUGGAUUAAGGUUCAAUACGCCAUGUAUAGAAUAAUGGGUUUUAUUUUACACUAUAAAAGGGGGUUUGCUCAAUAUUGUGUUACAAGGGUAUUAGUUGGAUAAAAUUACACGAGAUGGCAUGCAAUUUUUUUUUGAAAAUUACUAAUGAAACGUACAUUUUGUUACCAAACAAGCAUGUUUCCUUGAAUAUUAGGUAACAUUUUACUAAUUGUUCAGAGAGAAGCUCGUUUAAUUGAGAAAUAUUUGAGAUGUAUUCUACUCAUCGAAUAUGUCUAAUACCCCCCCCCCCCCCACACGGUCUCUCACAUUAAAUGCCGAUUCAACAGGAAUUUCCGGUUACAAUCUUUAUUAGUGGUUGUGCAGUCCUCCAUUUAAGGGGCUUUCACAAUAACGCUCGUGCGAUCGUUUGCAAUUAUUUGGUCACAAUAUACAUGAUAUAAUUAUGUUGCACAAAAUUGUAACGGUCGUAAGCAGUCUCACAAUAAAUUGUGAAAGGGGCCUUUAACAGACUAUUCACAACACCUCCAGCCGCUCCUAAUAUCCUGUUUAUAUCACCAUUCUAUAAAUUUAUGUUUCCUAUCAUGCUUGUGGAUUGUUAUGAAUGGGUAGAUAUUUUAUAAAGUGUUUAGUGAAGCAAGAGUGAAACAGUUUGUCGGAUGUUAGCUCUACAUGUAGUGUAUUUAGCAGUGAGAGAAAACGAUACAAAAAAUGUCUCAGCAAAUUGAAAUCUCUGUGAUUUAUAGUACACAAAAAAUAGAAAGAAAUUAGCCUGUAUGCAGCCAGUGAAGCAAUAAAGUGUGUUCCCUGUGGAUACAUUUCCGUCAAGCUAUUUUUUGCUUAUAUCUUUCUCUUUUUAUUAUCCAAUUCAACUGACAACCUCUAAAUUUUCAUGACUUUGAACUAUACAUUGGCUGCGGGCAGAUACCCCGGCCAUCCCCCUGAGACCUCGGCCGUUGAUCGUGGUCUCGCAACAGAAAUUAGGUUAUGUAUUUCAGUGUUUUAGAAUGACCUUUUAGGUUAUCAUUACUAUGAUAAAAAAGAAAUUAGGAUGAGCGAAAUAAGGAACAAUUCACCCGAUUGCUUAUGGUAUUUGUGUCGAACCUAGGGCGCAGCACCAUGAUAAGAAGACAUGAACUAUUUUAAAGAAGCAUUCAAAUGUAUAGAGCAUGCACCCGCUCUACUUUGACAGUUCUGUUGCUUGUUCCAGAAAAUCUGCGUUUAAUGAAACACAAAUCAAAACUUUUUGAAAAAUAGUAAAAAGAAUUCGUGUAUAUACGUUAAUGUGAAAAUGUGUUCUUGUGAAUAGUCGAUGGUGUUUGUUUGCAACUCAUUGUAAAAAAAUGCUCCAAAUUAUUUCUAUAUAAUCUUAAUGCCGAUUCAUGCGUGGAUUAAUGUCUUUUGGGUGUAUUUGUGAAUAUGUAGGGCAUAUAUAUUAAAAAUUAUAGGGGGAAGUUUACCUCUACGAAAUGAGAAAAAAAUAUAUAGGUGAGGGAUUUAUGAAAAUCCAUUAAAGAGUAAAAAGUUAUGACUUUUUUUAAGUUCUUGUUUUUAUGCCUGCAGUUUGUAAUACAUGGACCUUGGAAGCGGGGUUGCUGGGGGUGCUAGCAACCAAACAUUUCUUUGGGGGAGGCUGCGUGCAUUAUUCCCCAGAGGCUACACUCCCAUGUAUUCUGGGAGAUGUGUAAAAGAUGGGGAAAAAUGAAAUAAAAAUGAUGUUCAUUUUGUGGUGAAACCUUUUUGUUUUUAUUUGUUUGCAAAUUUGUCGGGACCAAUUUGACCUCCAUUUUGUAAUGGAUUUUUUUUUGCUCUAAAGAUUUACAUCAGCAUCCCCAGAAAAGAGACUCUCCCAGUUCCCCGUAGUAAUACAUCAUUUAAUUCUAUGAAUGUCACUUUCAAAUGGAUUGUGAGGAAAAGAUUUUAACCGUAUAAAAGGCAGUAUGAAAUUGUGUGUAUAAUGAUAUAUUCACCCUAGAAAUAAAAUCACUCCCAAUUUUUUAAAGAAAGUUGAGAUUUUCUUUUUAUAUUACACGAAAUAUUGAGCAGCUACUAGUCUGUGACGUCACCAAAUAAAAUGUUUAGAAUGUCACAAUUACUUUGUUUUACGGAUUUCCAUCAAGCCUCCAUCGACGUAUUUUUCAAAUUUUCUGCGUUCAUUAGACCAAGGUUAUCAUCAGGGCGAACUUCCUUUUGAUUUAAACCUUGCUAUCGGAAUGCGAAAUUUUAACCUACGUUUAAAUAUCACCGUUUAUUACCACAUUUAGACUAGAGUUGAAGGGAAUUCAACCAAAAUUAGAGGAAAAGGGAAAAUCAGAGAAGUUGAUAGGUGAAAGUUUGAAUAAUAUCGGACAAACAAUAAGAAAGUUAUUAGUUUUAAAAAUUUAUGAAUAUUGUUAAUCACUACACCUAUGGAGAUUUCAAAUUGGCCACAAAUGUGGUAUAUUUCUACCAUAUGUGAUUGGUUGUAUUCAAUAAAUAUCUAAAGUAUUCUA